AGUUCCUUUCACUCACGAUGCCCUCUCGCGAUAUCUACACUCUGUUUUAAAGCAGGUUAAUGGUUAAUGCGCUUCGUUUACCACACAGAUCACCGGUUCGAUUCACCGGGGCAACUAAUGGUCUUUUAUUAUUAUGCCUGAAUAAAUUAUUUAAAUACGACUGUUGUACUCUGAUGCUAGAGUACCGUUUAAUGAAUAAUUUAAAAAAAACACUUCUGUUUGAAUUUCGCUCAUUUACUGGUUUACAAAAUAAAACUUAAAUGUAAUUAAAAUCAGUGACAGAUAUGAAUACAUAACAUAACAUAAUUUUGAUACAAAAUAUUUUGGUCUACGAAAACUACUGAUCAUUAUUUUAUCCAUUAUAAUAAUAUCAAAUGGAUUACGCAUUUUAUGCUUGAGCUGCUCUAUUCUAUAUAUAUUAUCUGUGUGUUAUUAAGGUCAGUUAUUACGUUUAAAUUAUUACAUUUUAAACGGCAUAUUGAAUCAUUUUUCUGGGAACACUCGCCUAAGCGAAUAACUUGUUAAGAACUUCUUUGAAACCUGAAUAUCUGUAACGUUAAACACCUUUGUGUGUUUGGUAUGCGUGACGUCAAUGACGUGUCCUCACUCACAGCGGCAGAAUGCACGUUUGCGCGCGUGCGUGUGCCGCAGUGACGGAAUGGGACCGGCGUCCGUUGUUGGCAUAGUAACUAGAACUCGGACUUCAUCUGUGUUUGUUUAAAAAACUGAAAACCUUUGCAGGUGUUACAAAAAUCCCGCAAACGUCUCGGUUUUAUACUAAAACCACUUUAUAAAUAGCAUUUAUUGAGGUAAACGCGUUUUAUGAUAUACAACAACAACAUCCUGCUGCUGCUGUGUGAUAGUGGGGGAAAAGGGGUUAACCCCCAGUAACUAUAUUGCAACUUAAGCUCGUAAGCUUCGUCAGUUAAAGAACAGGUUACUCAUGGACGCACAUGGGAAUAAGGAAAAUGUUCAACUCGGUUAAAAAAGCCGAAGAUAAAUUGUCCUUAAAGACCGCAGUAAUUCACAGCAAGGCAUCUUAUGAUCUCAGGAGGCUUUACUCUCUGCUGACCAGAACCGGUUCAAGACAAGAGAUAACAUCGCUACGCCAAAGUAAGGUACAAAGCAGUGGAAAUAGCAAACCACAUUAUCAUCAUCAUCAUCUUCAUCAGAGAGGAACAGACAGUCAACAGAAAGAGAAAGAUGGCAACAGUGAGGCCUGUGAACUGGAAAAAUUCAGCAUCACCUAUAAAGACCAAAGGAGCUUCAGUGAUCACCCCCUACAUAAACUGUUCUCCAACAUCCUUGUGUCUUUGGUGAAGAACCGACUCUGCAGCGAAUGGAUUGACCAUGCAGCCCCUGAGUCUGUCCUCAGGGUUCUUAUAUGUCUGCGAUUACUCAUCAGAGAUCCUCAGCAUCAGAAACUCCUCCAUCAGCUGCAGGGCAUCAGUUUACUGAGCAGGUACAUGGCAUCCGUCACUGCCACAUACACAUCCAGAGGAGACCAAGCCUUUUCUAUGGCAGAGAGACUGGUCACGCUGACCUACAUGUUUCAGAAGCUGUCCGCUGUGGAAAAUCAAAGGGCGAUGGUUGUCGAGUGCGGGGCUCACAGAACACUGGUGAUGCUUCUCUCCACCAAUGACAGCAGUGUGUUGCUAGGAGCUCUGUUGGCGCUCACCACUCUGGCCGAAAGCCCUGAGUGUAAGGAGAAGAUCGGGGAGCCGCCAAUCAUAGAGAAGUUACUGGUGAUCCUGCAGGAAUACGACCUGCUGUCAAAGAGAAUCAGUGCUGAGCUUCUGAGGCUCCUCUCGCCAGUACGACAGGUGCGAGACCAGGUGAGGGCGCUGGACGGUUUGCCAAUUGUACUGAGCCUGCUGCACGGUCAGCAUCUAAAGCUCCUGUGGAGCCUGGCCUGGGUCCUGGUCCAGCUGUGUGAGGAUCCUCCAACUCGGGCGGAGAUCCGGAGCUGGGGAGGAGUACAGCAGCUGCUGUGGCUGCUCAACAGCGACAGGCGUUACGUCUGUGAUCGUACCUCAAUAGAGACUCUCUCCAGUGCUAACGCCGCAGGUCGCAUCCAGAGAGAACACAUCAGAGAGGAACUCAGCCCUCAGGAGGAAGUGGACAACAUUCAGGCUCUGCAGUCAGCCUGCUGUACAGCACUGACUGAGCUCAGUCUGGAUGAUGCUUCUGCCCAUCACAUUGUGCAGGUUAAACUUCUAGUUCCUAUUGUUCAAGUCCCUUGUUUACCAAAUAGUGUUAUCUUUAUCUACGCAGUAUACCAAAAGAGUCUGUUUUUUUUAUAUGUAUUAACUUUUCAGGAAAACGGUAUAUUUAUCAUUGCAAAGUUGGUCUUACCAAAAAGUGCUGGAGCUAAGGCUACAUCUUUGCAGUGCUUUGCAUUUCGGACUCUCCGGUUUCUCUUCAGUGUGGAAAGAAACAGACAUAUGUUCAAGAGGCUCUUUCCCACUGACCUCUUUGAGUUGUUUAUUGAUGUUGGCCACUAUGUCCGAGACCUGGCUGCCUAUGAGCGACUGCAGACCAAAGUUUCACUCUACCCUGAGGAGGAACUGGACAGACUGAGAGAGAGCAUAAUGGCUGUGGAUCAGAACAGACCACCUCUUAAAAUCAUCAAUGGCUACUCUGUUCUGGAUCAUCUGGGCACUGGAGCAUUUGGAAGUGUUUUUAAGGUAAGAAAGCAGAGUGGACAGAACCUCCUCGCUCUGAAGGAGGUGAACCUUCACAAUCCAGUGUUUGGAAAAGACAAGAAGUCCAGAGACAGCAAUGUGGAUAAAAUUGUCUCUGAGCUGACCAUUAUCAAAGAACAGAUGACGCACCCAAAUAUUGUCAAAUAUUACAGGACAUUUUUAGAAGGUGAUCAGCUGUACAUUGUGAUGGAGCUAAUUGAAGGUGUACCGUUGGCCGAACACUUUAACUCUCUGAAAGAGAAGCAGCAGCAGUUUACUGAAGACCGGAUAUGGAAUAUAUUCAUACAGAUGUGUUUGGCACUGCGGUAUUUGCACAAGGAGAAGAGAAUUGUCCACCGUGACCUCACACCCAACAACAUCAUGCUGGGGGAGAAUGACAAGGUCACCAUCACUGACUUUGGUCUGGCAAAGCAGAAGCAGGAAAACAGCAAACUGACCUCAGUGGUUGGAACGAUCCUUUACUCCUGUCCUGAAGUGGUGAAGAACGAGCCGUAUGGAGAAAAGGCUGACAUUUGGGCUUUAGGCUGCAUCCUAUACCAGAUGACCAAGUUACAGCCUCCAUUCUACAGCAACAACAUGCUGUCACUGGCCAGCAAGAUUGUUGAGGCAGUUUAUGAACCGAUUGAAAAGGGAGCUGUUUCAGAGCGAGUGACUGACAUGGUCAGAUGGUGUUUGAGCCCAGAUGCUGAGCAGCGACCAGACAUUGUGGCGAUUAGCUCUAGGAUCUCUGACCUAAUGAUGAGGCUGAUGGACGGCCUCUGCACUUCCCAUAAUGCACUGGAAAGGCGGGCAGAGAGAGACAGGAAACGAGCACAGAAGUAUUUCCUGGAGAGACAGAACAGCAGCAGCACCAGGAACUUCUGCCACUCGCACCUGUCACUGCAGGAAUUAUCCUUGGGGGGAAAUGAAUAUCUGACUCCUCCUUCUCCUGCUGUCUGCAGCUUAGACCAGAGCGAGCAAAUCAUCUGUCAAGACGCCUCAGGUGAUGAGACUGAAACAUCUGACACUAAGAACAGUCUCACAGCCAGUGGAGGGAAAGACUACGGAUUGAAGCCAGAUACGUUUGUUGAACCUGACCAAGUCCAGACGCGGUAAGUAAAACUUUGUAAAAUAAAGUAAAGUGAUUUUUGAGUAUAAGUUACAGACACCUGACUGACUAAGCGCUAAUAUGAAGAUAAAAUAUGUCAUUAAAAACAUGGCCGCUGUCAAAUCCUUUCACUCCUGCCUGACACCCACCAUAGAAGAAAUUGGUAGUUUAACACUGAGCUGUUGGUCUACCGCUGCCUCGUGUGGACAGUUUGUGUCAUUGAGGUAAAUGUGUUGCAGACAUUUUAACACUGUCAUAAAACAACGCUUGGGGAAUCUUCGUUUGCUUUGACUGCUUUGGUAGAAGAGUGGAAGUAAAUAAAACGAAGAGCUCAUGAACACUAACUGAAAAACACACACAGCAGCGUUACUGUAUAACUCACAAAACGUGAUCAUGAAAUGCUUAUAAAUGACCAUUACCUUAUAUCUUAUUGCCAAUGUCCCACUUUACAACUUAUUUCCAUUCAAGAAAAGUCCACAAUGUCCGAAACAACCGUGUUGUUGAAAAACGGUGUUUCUCACA